AUGAAUAGUGCAGCGGUCUUCACACAAGGUGCUUUGAGUGCUGCGCACUGGAAUACUGCAGCGCUUGUUCUGGGUGCUGGUGUGGCACUCGCCGGUGACCUGCAGUUGCGCGGCCGGUACGCUCCUGCCCAGGGGUUCGCUAUCAAGCUGCCAAAGCUUGGUUUUCCUAAGCUGCCCGGUAAACUACCCUCUCUUCCGUCGCUUCCGAAGGUAAGUCUUGGUUCGGGCAAAGCUGCGAAGAGUGGCGGAAGUGCAGCCUCUGCUGCAGCUAAAACGGGGUCGCGGACGCCGGCACGUGGCGCUGCCGCGCCGGGUGUGCGGGUGCGUCCGGCAACCACGCAGUCGAACCUACCGUCGGGGCCGACUUUUGUGGAUCCGACGCAGGCACGGGUUAUGGACCAAGGCAAGGGCUGGAAAGCGUUUCCUGGGCGCCGUUUGCCUGGAAAGAACAUGGAACAGUUUUUAGAUAUGGCGCGAUCCUUGCGCUCUUGA